AUGUUAGCACAAACGACUCUUCAGUUCUCGCCCAACCGGAGUCAUGGUUCUUCGGCCGACCUGAAUCGGGAUUUGCGAUCGGGACAGCGCUGGUCGAUUUGGCGCGCGUCUGAACAAUUCGAAGCAGCCUGCCGUAACAGUAUUCGACAACCGCCAUACACAAGCCCGUUUCGGGUGGUCAAAAGUAGGGCGAAAACUUUCGUUACGAACGUCAGCCGGUUACACGACACUGUAGCUGUUGACAGCCUCGAACCUACUGUCUUUGAGUGCGAGCCUCCCGCCCAAUACACACCUACUCAAGACGCUCAGUCAUCCGCAUCUAGCGAGUUUACACUCGAAUCAACCACAAUUACGCCUAGUGAGAACUCGGAAGUUAGUCCGUCAGAAUCUCCAACCGUACCUGCAACGUGGAGCAGCCGUCGUGGUUGUCAACUACUAAGUCCCGUCCGUUUCGCCGAUUUCGUGACCAUUUAUACAACCGAUUGUUAG